GGGGCUGCGCGGGGCUCCGCCGGCGGGCCGCGCUGCGGGCGGGGCUCGCCGCGCCGGGACGAGCAUGCUUGAUCGUCUGGCUGCUUUGGUGUCCAAGAGCAGGAAGCAAACUGGAGCUUGUGGUUGAAAGAUUGAUCUGACUCAGGAGAAUGGUGAAAUGAGGUAAAUGAUAAAUCCUGUUGAUGAUAUGAUACUUGGUAACUCUUUUGCUCCUUUAUACUCUUUUGACUUAAGAGCUAUGGCUUCCUUCAGUGACCAGACUAUUGGUAUUGCUGUUGCCAGUUUUGCUGUAUUUCAGGUCCUGUUCCACGUUUUAAGUUCUUGGAUAUCAACACGAAUAACUCCUGGUUUUAACAAUCUCAGCCAAAAAAGAAAGAUUGAAUGGAAUUCAAGGACAGUGUCCACAAUCCAUGCCUUGGUGGUUGGUAUUUUCUGUUUAUAUAUUUUGUUGUACGAUGAAGCUGUUAAUGCUGACCAUCUCUGGGGUGACCCUUCAGUUGUGAAACUGAAUAUUGCUAUUACCACAGGCUACCUCAUUUCUGAUUUGUUGCUUAUUAUUUACUACUGGAAGGCUAUUGGUGACAAAUUUUUUGUGAUACAUCACUUGGCAGCUCUGUAUGCUUACUCCUUUGUGCUGAGCAAAGGUUUGUUGGCUUAUUUUGGAAACUUCCGUCUGCUUGCAGAGUUCUCCACUCCUUUUGUGAAUCAGCGGUGGUUUUUCGAAGUAUUGGGAUAUCCCAAAUCUUCAAAAGCCAACAUUGUCAAUGGUGUGCUGAUGACCAUUGUGUUCUUCGUGGUGAGAAUCGCAGUCAUGCCUAUGUAUUACAGCCGUGUAAUUUCUGCAUUUGGAACAGAGGCUUUUGAGAGGUUAGGAUUUGCAGCCCAGAGCGCCUGGAUUAUCUCAAGCGUUGUUUUGGACGUUAUGAACGUGAUGUGGAUGGUCAAAAUUACAAAAGGAUGCUACAAAGUUAUUUGUCUUAUUGGACAGGAGGAAGCCAAAACUCAUAAAAAUGGGAAAUCUGACUAGAAAUCACAUGCAUAAAAUGAAACUUUUACCAUGAAAACAGUUUGGGUUCACUGAAACAGUGCACAUUUUUGCUAUGGAAUUCUCCUCUUAAGGAAACAAGGUAUUACCUCUGUACCGAUCUUAUUCCUUCCCUAGCCACACUGCCUGCACACCCAGGGUCACGCUUUAAGGAUCUUACCGAAUGAGGAACAACAGCGUAAGUUCACACAAAUGAAUUCUAGGUGUUUGUUCUCAGCACUUAACAAACUACUGAAAUUAGAAAGGAACUGACUGGUAAUGUGGUGGUUGUCUACCAGUGUGUUCUCAAGUGUCUCACUCAGGUUUCUCAGAUUAAUAUUUUAUAAAUCCAAUGAAUAUUGACUCUCUCUCUCUUAGAGGAAAAAAAAGAAAAAAGAAAAACAAGAAACAAAAAACAACAACAAAAACAAAACACAAACUCCUGAUAUGGUGCAAUUUUCCUGGCAUGUUCCUAUGUUUUCUUGUAGGAAUAUUUAGCGUUAACAAUCAAGAUUUCAUUCUUGACAACUUUUUAAUUUUUGCAAGAAAAAAAAUAAGCUUUGAUUCUAUGAAGUGUUUUACUGCUUUUUGUUCUGUUUAUAUGCAUGCACACCAUUUGGAAGGAUUUAUGAAAUGAUUUCAUCUAAAAUGCUGUAUUAUAAGACCACAAUAUCUUUUUAAAAAUGUCAAAUUUCUCCAAUUUUAAUGGAAUAUAUUAACUUCUACUGUGUUAGCUUACGUACAGUAGUACAUCUACUAAAUCUCCCAUGGUAAUUUUUCAUAAGUUAGCAUGCUAAAUGAUAUGUGGAAACAGCAUAAUUCUUACUAUAGUGACUUUUCCUUUGCUGCUAUUAUCUUUGAGAAGUAUUGUAACUCCCCCUGAUUGUUUUUUACCACGGGACAUUUGGGAUGUUAAGUUUAAUUGUAAGGAGAGAAAAUUCUUCUGUGUAUGAGCUGUGUAACUUAAUACUUUUUCUUUUGACACAGAAAUGACUCAUUUGCUAGGAAAUACUGAGGUCUGUUUGCCCCAUUUUCAUUGUUAAUCAGAUUGGAAGUCUGAGAUGUUAAUUGAAAACAUUUUUGAAUUUGGAAAGUAGUUAACUUUGUACGUGUUGAAAAAAAAUGUGUCAAAAUUUUCAAAGCUAUUGAGUAAUUCUGUAGAAGACAGUUCAUAUCUAUAGAAAAAUGGUUUUUUUUUUUUUUUUUUUUUUCAGAACCACACGUUUUUCAAUAGGUACUACAAAUUUAGAGAUUUGGAGGAUGUCAGAGAGAAAUCUUAACAUCAAGGAAUGAUUUAGAAUCUAAAUUAUAAUGCAAUUCGAGGGAAUUCUGUGUUUUCUUUUAUCAUUUUGAGAACUGUAUUUGUAUGAAUAGUUUGGUUUUAUUUUUGCUUGUUUUAAACUAUCUGAUUUGAG